UUAAAAAACAUAACCCAAACAAGUUGCUUUUCCGAAGAGGCGGGAGCGUUUUCAGAUCACUAUUCUGUAUUCUAGUAUUUUCCUACUCAAUCAUCAGUUAAAAUGCCAAGAAAUAAGAAUAAAGCUCGAAUACCUUCAGCCUGGAAGAAGUAUUCAAUAUCUGGUAAACCUAUUGGUAACACUCAAAUUAUUUGUAUCAAAACGCCUGUUACGAUAAAGCACUUAACACCAGAAGAACUCUUGUCGUAUAUAAGCAAAGCUCAUGGUUGUAAACUUGGCCUUAUUAUAGAUCUAACUGACACAAAUAAAUAUUAUAACCCUCAAGAAUUUGUUGCUUUAAAUAUUGUCCAUUAUAAGAUCCAAUGUAAAGGUAUGCAGUUGCCUUCGGAAGAUAUCGUAGAACAUUUUAAUACCAUUGUUUCUCGUUUUGUUAAGGAACACCAUUAUAGUAAAAAACAUGUUGCAGUGCACUGCUUAACUGGUGUAAACAGGACAGGUUAUUUAGUUUGUCGUUAUCUCAUGGAUGUUUUAAAAUGGGAUGCUGUAAAAGCUAUUAAUACUUUUCAAAAUGCUCGUGGUCAUAAUUUAGAACAUGAAAAUCUAAUAAAUGCACUUAUUCAUCACAAGAUUCCUCCUGACGAAAAUUCAGAAAAGAAGAAAUGUAUUUUAAUGUAGUUUGUAGCAUAGUUUGUCAGUAUUGAUGAUCUUAUUAUACUUGUGAGGGGUAAUCAACAGUUUGGUUCUGUCUCCACAAAGAUUGCUAAUAUGGACUUUUUCAUGAGGUAUUUUAAUGUAUUACAUUAUUACAUUAUGAUACAAAAUAAAAAAAUAGCAUGUUUUUAGUGUGGGUGGGGGAGGGAAUCACGAGUUUAUUGUCCAAUUUGCUUUUAAUGGAGACAAAACCUAAUUGUCUACGGCCCCAGUUUACUUGAUUAUUUUUAACCAUAUUAAUUUCUACUGUAUUUUACUUAAAGUCCCAAAUAGCUACUAAUUUUUUUACAAUUUUUUGACUAUUAAAAAAAUAGUGAAUUUAUUUGUUCACUGUUUAAGCUCUUUUGACAUAUAAGCAAAAACAAAGCUUGAUACUGCUUACUGAAAGUAAUGUUUUGAACAUUAUAAAUCUCUGUAUAUGUGUGUAAAUGGCCAAAUAAUAAAGUCACUGAAUCCCCUAAAUUGUAGGAUACUGCAAUACACUGUUUCAUAAUAGUGACAGGUAAUGUUGAAGAAUAAAGCUCAACCUUUAUGUGGCAUUAUUGAGAUUUUCAGCAAUAUAAACUUCAGCCACAGCAUGGCUACUUUUUCUAUAAAACAACAUUUCUCUGAUUGUAGUAGCCAUACAUUUUUUGUAUAAAUAUAUAAUUUUCCUGACUGAUUAUCCAGUGUGUGUUAUGUUUUAUUUUAUAGAACUUUUAUAAAAUAUUUUUUUGUUUCUAGUAUGUGAUGUAUAGCUAAAGCAUGAUAAAUAACAGUGAUUAAGGUUUUUAGAAAUAUGAA